GUGUUACUUAUCGUCAUUUGUAAACCCUCCGAGCUCGCUUUGCAGUCUCUUACUAUCUGUUCUUCCUCUUUCUCCAGAUGGCCUCUUCAAGAGUACUGUCCAGAUUAUCCUGUAGGUUACAAAUUGGUGCUAUGAAACUCCACAAGAAUUCCACAAUCUCAACGCACCCUUCACUCUUCAAAACUGCCUCUGAAUCCUCCGUUAAUAAGCGCUUCUCUCUCUUCUCAAGGUUACCUGUGGAAUUGAGUUGCGUGGAGACGAUGAUACCUUUGCACAGUGCAAUAGCAUCUGCUCGUUUGAGGUCAAGCUUGUCCCUUGAGUCCCAGAAAUGGGGUUUAGUUCCUCAAGGCAUCUCAAUGCCUUUAUGAUAGCCUCUUCAAGUCCAGUCCAUGUAAGACUCAUUUCCGAUGGAUAGGAAUGUAGGUUGCAGUUCUCUUUGCUGACUUCCAAUGCUCCAAAACCUUCAAAUGUUUUUGCGAACUUGUAAUAACAUGUGCCUGAAUGGAGGUUACUGACUGGUUAUUUAUCUUGCUACAUUUGUUUUUUAUUUCAUAUUUUGUAUUAUGGAUCUCCCUCUAAGAGUUACAAUGAAGGUUGAUGGACGUACAUUGACAGAAAUGAGGCAGAAUUUUUUUUUGGCAUUACAUUUUGUAUCUUCAAAAUGCUGUUAUUGUUAAUGUUGUUUUCAGGACCUUGACGCUGAAGAAAUGUGUGGUAGAUCCAUGCCAAUUGGCUGGCUUGUCUUGGCUAUUAACUUUCUUAUGUUGUCGUCAACAGUGGCAUUAUUCGGAGACAAUAUCUAGUAUUCUUUAGUGUGUGAAAAUUUA